AUGGCUCAUACGCGCCAACUCACCCGUCCAGGACUACAAGGCCUUGCGCCGUGGGUUAUGCACACUUAUGACACGACGGACCAUAUGAUUGACGAGAAAACCACUAUCUCCAUGUUUUGCUUCAAGGAUGCUCAAAACACCCAGGACGCUGCAGGCAAGGGUUUCUAUAGCUGGAGUAAGGGGAACACGCCGUCGAUCAUGGUAUGA